AUCCGGGACAUCAGACGAGAAGUCAGAUUGUGUUGGUAAACAGACGUGUCCAAAUUACACAAUUUCCUCUCCGCUCUUACCGUAUUAUAACUACAUUUCCCCAGAAAAUCAUCGCUUACUGCUUAAUAACAAGACAAGAAGCUACUUUGGAACUAUAGAAGUGUUCUUCGCCUCGUCUUUCUCGCCCUAAGCGAGAAAUUUGAGGAAUUUUUGUUCAAACAAGAUGGACGGCGGUGGUGGACCCGGAGAUUCGUUCGACCCGUGCGAAUGUAUUUGUAGCUACGAUGGCGCUAUGAGGCGGCUUAUAUCUCUUUUGCGAAGUUCUCAGAGUUAUUGUACGGAUAACCAAUGCUUACAAGAGCUCCCUGGUCCUCAAGGCACAGACACUGGGCCAGAAUAUUUCUCAACAGCUCUCAUCAUGAUGGCAUGGUUUGCUGUAGCAUUCUUGCUCUAUCUUCUCAGACCCCAGAGUAUGCGACAGCCACCAGAUGAAAAGCCUACAAAUAAUGACUCUGGUUCUGGAUCUAACCCCCCAGCACCUGGAGUAUUCUAAUGAGGAAUCCAUUUAAUUCACCAAGAUUGUAAUAUGCAAUUAAUAUUUUGUAGAAUAGCUGUUCAGUAGUUAGGAUUGUUCACUUGCCAUGGGUCUCUCAUAACUUGUGCAAAUACGUACAAGUUAUUUUAUAGUUGAAUGCGUGGUAAUUGGUCAAUUGCAAUUGCAGGAUUUCCCAAAAAUCGUGAGAUAACAAUUUGAAAAUCAGAGAUUGGGAUUCUCAUUAUUUGAAAAUCUGAGACCAAGUUCUCAAUCUACAUAAAAUUCAUUAUGCAUUAUGCAUUAUAUGACAAACAUGAGAUUUAAAAAAAAAUGACAAAAAGAGAUUCCAAGCAUACUGUAUGAAGAAAACAAUUGUGAUUCUGAGUUUGGGAAAUUUUCCAUGACCAACAACCACCCUUAGCUGAUAAAGUUGGUAAUAUAAAAAAAACAUGUUCGUAACAAUUAAGGAGUUCACAUUAAGGAGUUCUUCACAUCAUAAGAUGUUACUCUUCUAUGCAUGCAGAACAGUAUUUUAUAAUACAAACCCAAAACUGCAUUUCCUAGACACAUUUCAUCUUUCUUGACAGGGAUGGGGCACUGGAGGCAUUUACCCACAAUAUUUUCAAAAACUAUAAGGAAAUAACAAGUAGGCUCUGAACCAUAGCUGUGUCCUGCCUGAGAAUGACUAAUGUGCUAAAGCAAAACAUUUCUGAAUAAUCCCCAAAAAGAGCCUAGCACAAAACAAGGAUAUAGAGAUAAGAGUAGAUAAGGUAUUAUUUAUAUGGUUUAGUUAAGGACAUGUGUGGAGAGUUUCUAGAUAUUAUUGAGUGAUGCAUGAGAAUAAGCUGUAAUAACUAAGCACAGCACACAACCAGUAUUAAAAGUAUUAAAAGCACAACACACAACCAGUAUUAAAAGUUAGUCCUCUGAUAAAAAUCUGAACAUCCCCGAAAAAACAAAAAAAGAAUUUUUUUUUAUGUGCAGUGAUGCCACAUGAUAUUGUUUAUUGUAGGAUUUGGCUACAUACAAGACUGAUCUAGCUUAUGCUUUAUAGUUCUGUCUACAAAUAGCACGUCUAUUGAGAACCAAAAGUGGACCUUAGGCCCUUGUGGGUGGUGCGUUCGUUCCCCCUGCACCCCCCCCCCCCCCCCCCUGGGUACUGGCCUGGUUGAUGGGCAGAUGUUGGGUAAAAUGUGGGAGUCCAUAGAAGUCAUAUUCCACUUAUGGACAUUGUGAAUAGAUAUAAAUGGGAGUGUUAAUGUUAUUAUUGGUUUGGGUUAAGGGUGUAACAUUCACAACUUACAAUGCUAGUUUGUCAGAUUUAAAUAAACCAUAUUCCUUGUAAAAUAGCAAUAAAAUUUGAAUAUUCUCAUCCACA